AUGUAUCGGAUAACGAUUCUACUAGUAGCGGUCGUCCACGAGGCCAGCGCCACUUUCGGUAUGAGAAUUUUUUUUUUGUUACAUGCUCCUUUAAUAAGCUGUUUCUUGGAAUUUAAUUGAGCUCUGAAUCCUGGAAAAACAAAUCGAAUUGAGACUUGUUUUAAAUCUCUGACGAUUUUCAUCAGUCGAAAUAUCGAAAUUUCAUGAAAUAUCCAUUUUCUCGUCAUGACACAUAGCUUAAAGGCGCAUAGCUCUUCAGAGGGCUUUGAAUAAAGUUACGAUUUUUAUCUUUUUUUUUUUGCUUCAAGACCCUCCAAAAGAAACUUGGCAUUUCCUGAUCUCUUUGUUUAGACUUCAGCUUAUAGGGUGAUUCCGAAAAAAGUCAGCAAAUUCUGAAAAUUUUGAAAAGUCUCUUCAAGCUCGAAUAGGCUAGCAAGGCUUGAAUAUCUUUAAUCAGGCUCACAAGUUCUGAAACCUUGCUUAAGCCCAAAAAUACCAAUUCCAGGCGGCUGCUGCUCAAUGGGCCCUCCACCCUGUCCACCGCCACCGAUGUGCUCUCCGCCACCGCUUCCAUGUCCUCCACCGCCGAUCUGUCCUCCUCAGUUCUGUCCGCCUCCUCCGCCAUGUCCCCCACCACUUCCACCACCGCCUCCACCAUUGUGUCCCCCUCCGCCGCCGCCACCGGCUCCGGUCAUGAUCCCGUGCCAGAGUUACGCGCCGGCGCCCGUCUUCCAGCAGUACGUCGCUCAGCCGGCUAAUGACUGCUGCUGCCGGUGCGGAACUCCUUGUCAGUACCGCGCUCGCCACAGGACUCAUGGAUCCAAGGUGAGCUGAGGGGCUGGAGCUCGGAGAAGGGGGACUUUCAUUUUCUUUUGAAGAUACUUUUUUGGAUUCGGAGUUCUUGAUUCAGAGAAUCCAAUUUUUAUAGCCCAUUCCACGCCAACCUGUCACUUUUUUAUCUGCCAAAAAGAGGCUAUGCCAAAUUGGAUCGAAUUUGACCUCACUUCAAGACUUAUCUCGGACGCUUUCUGAGCAACUCUAGGGAUCACUUAAGGGUACUGACGCUACUAAAGUGGUCACUAGAAUUGCUCCAACACCGAAGCAGGAAACUUGAAAACUCUCAAAGUUAAUACUAGACUCAUUUUUUAUACGAAUCAAUUAGAGAUCCUUUUUUGGGGUGAAGCUAAACAUGAUCAUUAAUAUGAAAAAUGCAAGUUCUAAUGAACUCGUUGAACUCGAUGGUUUGCAGCUGUUCCAAACGGAAUCCUUGGAGGAGGAGGACCCGACUUGCAACAGCCGGAAGCUCAAGCGCGUCAUGGAGCAGGUCUGUUGAAGGGAAAAAAGAAUCAUUGAAGUCAAAGUACUGGCCGAAAAAGAUACUGAAAAAGAUUCCCCGUUUCUAGAUCCGUAUAAACUUUACCUUUGCUUCUUUAUACAGUUCAGCAAACAAACGAAUUAGUUGGAUUUUUUGAUUGAACUUUUCGCAAAAAGAAUUCUCGAGAAAUGAUCGACCUUGUCAACAAAUUGUCCUUUUUGAACACGCCUUAUCGAUAGCUAUUGUUGCCAAUCAGUGUAAAAAACAUUGCUAGUUUCUCGGGAAAUCGUUACAAUUUCGAGAAGGUCACGAGAAAAAUUGUCUCAAAAACAAGAAAAUCUUUUUCUUGACUGAACUUCUGAGAAACAUGGAUGGAAAUUCUGAUUUCAGAACAAGUUAUUUUUUUUCAAAUCCUGUUUUUUAGUCAAGUUAUAACACUUGGAAAGCUUUGAAUAACCGAUUUUCUCCGUAAUUUGUGCAGUUUGAAAGCUUGAAAGCGUCAUGAUUCGACUAUUGAGAGGAUUUCUAGUGGCCCCUUUAGGGUUUUGACCUUUUAGGGGUUUUUUCCAAUGUAAUGCCAGGUUCAAAGUUUUUUCUGCAGAAUUUGAAACUAUCUCUGCUUCUCCAGAAUUUAGUUAUCUUCUUUCUCUGACGUCUUUUUUGGAAUCACUUUGAUCUCGGCAUGAAAAAGUCGCGAAUAUUCUUCUAUUUCUGGAAUUAAUAAGUCCUGAAGUUCACUUAACUCAAGAUUUAUCAUGAUUUCAACCAGGGCUUAAAAAUUUUUUUCGGAUAUCCUUCGAAGUAGAAACCGGUAAAUUCGAGGUUUCUUUCCGUUUUUUUUCUCCGCUCAACUUAGCCAAAAAUUGUUGCCCUUUUUUCCGCUGUAAACCGAAUCGCUGAGAAGAUGAAGAACGGAACUGGAAAUGCGGCGAUUUUUGGUCUUUUACGAAACUUUCUGCUAUUUUUACGGCUGGAAAAAAGAUAGUGGUGACGGAAAAAUGGGAUUAGAAGCUUUGAAAAAAACUAUGGGUUUUGUAACUUUUAGAAGAAUUUAGAUGAUCUAAAAAGCUGAAAAAAAUACCUGAUUUUUUUAGCCUUGCGAAAUUUUUUUCAAAAAAAGGUUUUGGAAUUGUAUUUCUCAGAAUUUGCCCUUUUCAAAUCUUUCAGAAAAUGUUCAACCUAAUUUUAAGCUUCAAGCUUCAUUUCAACUAUAAAAAGAACACUUUUUUCCAGGUAGAAACCGAAAAUUUAAGAAAUUCAGUAUUUUGAGUUUUUUAGAAACUCGAAAACUCAAAAAUAUUCCUUAAAUGAGACAGUUUUGAAGCUCCUGCAAGCCUAAUUACACUUUUUUCGCUUUCACUUUUUCCAUAUUUUUCAAAUCAACCAUUUCAGAACAUGGAAUCCGACCCAUCGGCUUCGAAACGGGCGAUCCAGAAGGCGGCCGAGGAGAAGAUGUUCGGCAAGUUCAACGUCAUCUGCGCCAAGGGCGACUUCAGCUACGUCGCCUACACCGACACGUACUGCCAGACCGCCAAUGAUGACGUCACUUGCUACGCUUUCAGACCCAUGUAG